GACACUGUUCCACAACGUUCACUUCAGUUCUGAGGCUGCUUCUCGUUUGAACCAGACCCAAUAGCGGCAAUUAGCAGAAUCCCCAAUCUCAUGUUUCUUCAUCACCGUCUCAGAACUCUGGUCUACUCCCCAACCCCAAAAUGUCACCUUCUUCAGAGAUUCCACCACUCUUUCAAUUCCUUCUCCACCGCCACUUCAGAUUCAUCUCAACAACCCUUCACAGUCUCCUACCUCACCAACAAUCUCGGUUUAUCUCCACAAGACGCUCUCAAAGCAUCCAAACGACUCCGUUUCACAACCCCCGAAAAACCCAACUCCGUCCUCACCUUCUUCAAAACCCACGGUUUCUCCAAUCACCAGAUACAGUCCAUCAUCCUCAAGGCCCCUGCACUCUUAUCAUCCAACCCCACCAAAACCAUUCUCCCAAAGUUCCAAUUUUUAGCCUCCAAAGGCGCUUCCCCCUCUGACAUAGCCGCCACCGUCACCAGAAGCCCCCAUUUCCUCGGCUCAAGCCUGAAACGUAUUAUCCCUUCUUUUGAAUUGGUAAGAAGUUUCUGUCCCUCUGAUCAAAAAGCUAUUACUUCAAUCAUAUUUUGUCCCUCUUCCAUUUCUGAUAUCCGAAUGAAACCAAAUCUUCAAUUUUUACUCGAUUCCGGUGUCACUCCUUCCAGCAUUUACCGUUUGCUUUGUUCUAGACCUUCUGUAAUUUGUUCUACUGAUUUGAGAAAGGCUGUGGAGGAGAUUAAGGAAUUAGGGUUUGAUCCUUCCAAAUACAAUUUUUGUGUGGCAUUACUUGCUAAGAAGGCUAUCUCUAAAUCCCAAUGGGAUGCUAAAGUUGAUGCCUUGAAGAGUUGGGGUUGUUCUCAAGAUGUGAUUUUUGAUGCCUUUAAAAGACAGCCUAACUUUAUGCUACGGUCGCCGGACAAGCUCAACGCGGUGAUGCGGUUUUGGGUCGAGGAGCUUGGUUGGGAUCCUUCAUUGCUACUGGCAGCACCGGAUCUUUUUGGAUUUAGUAUAAAGAAAAGGUUUAUUCCGAGGGCUUCUGUUGUUAGGUAUCUACUUUCCAAUGGUUUGAUGAAGAAGGAUGCUAGCUUAGUAACGCCGUUUUAUCCGUCCGAUGAGUUGUUCCUGCAAAGGUAUGUGAAACGGUUUGAGGAUGAAGCAUCUAGCCUUUUAAAGCUAUAUCAAGGGUAGGAUGCUAGCAUCUGGUGUUUGGAUAAGUUGUCAAAAACAUAUUUUGUUGUAACUGAAUAAACCAGCCAUAUUAUGUUUAUUCAUCUUGUCAUACUUUAUUUGUGCUGUUCCACUUGCUCAGUAAGUUGGAACCUUUUUUGUCGUUGGUCACAGUUUUGACUUAUAUCCUCAUGUACUAGGGAAUUAGGACAAUGCUUUAGUUUCUAACAAAAAAAAUAAGUGUGGAAUUGGAGAUCAAGAAAGUAGAAAUAUUUUUAGAAUGUGUGAGUAAGCAUAUAUUGCUCUUUAUUGUUUUUUGUAUUGAUAUCAGAUAGUAGAAGAAUAUAAAUCUUUGAUUCAGGUUUUUCUUUAGAAGCUAAUUCAAGUUUGGAUGACCAUUUAGCUCACUGGUGUGGGUUGAAUUCAUCAUAAUAUCUACAGGCUCUUGAUGAUUAUAAUGAGAGCAAGGGAAUGGUGAGCAAUUUGUUGUAUACUGAUUUAUAUCAGAUUAGUGUCUGUUUACAUGCUAUUUGAGUUAGCAUUUUUCUUCUACUUGUGAUGUAUUUAUUUGUCUUUGAUUUGAAUGUAAAUUGCUGAUAAGCAGCAGUUUUGUCUGAUAUAAAAUCAUACUACUAUUUGAAAUCUAUUACAUAUGACUUUGCAUUCUAACAACGGGGUUAAAGAAGACUAAUAGCUUCAGGUCAGAUUCCAGUGUUUCUCAAAGCAAAUAGCAUGGAGUACAAUACAACAGUGUGGUGCUUGAAUCCAAGGGUUUGUCUAGGCGUCAUAAAAUUUUAAUUUGAACUUCUGUUAUCCAUGUGUUUUCUCUGUGAUUGUGCUGCAGUUGGUAGUUACUUGUUGGAGAUGUAAAUGUCUUUAUAUUUGGGGGGCAGUGAGCUUUUGUUCCAGCAGGCCUCUCUGAUUUAGAUUGAUUAAUUCUGGCGAGUUUCACGUGCUCUGUGCAGCUAGAUGCGUUCAGUUUGGUUUGUAUUAUUUAGCUGCACAGUUUUGCGGCUUAAGAUUCUGUCUUUAUUGCUCCCUGCGAUAGGAUGUAGAUUCUUUGCUGUUUUCCUAUUCAAUGGUGUUGCAGUCUGAUGUUGCAGACUGGUUCAGCAGUGUAUUCUUGUUGGCCGCAUCACCAAAAGACUGAUUAGUCUCAGCAGAUUUGCUUCUGAGUUUGGCAUCAGCAGAACUAAUCAUUCGCUUGCAGAUCUAGAUCGAGUGGAGCCAAGCUGGUAAUUUGGUCCGACCGGAAAAUUCCUUGUGAGCAGGUGUUCUGAGCUGUGUGGUUUGGAGGCUGGCUGUCAGUUAACAUGAAAACCAAUUUAUGUUUGUCUUUGGUGGUUUAAUGUCCUUGGAGAAGUGGGAGAUUUUUCAAAAGUUUCAGUGAUUGUAUUUUAGUUCUAGUGAUAACAAUUGUGUUCAUUCUGUUUUGGGUUGAUUUGUUUGAUAAGGGGUUUUAAUUGGGUGUAGCGUUGCAUGCCUUAUGCUUUGAUUUGGAUAAGAUAGAAAACACAGCCGGGGGCAGACAAAUCAACAAAGCAAUUCAAGAGCAUCUAACAACUAAAGCAAAUAAACCAAUAGCUAGAAAGAAUUUUAAUUAAAAAUAACAAUAUCAUUGCAAAGCAUCACGAGUAAUGACCCCCUCCAUAAGCCUCACUAUCCCCUGUCUCUCUCAAUUUAUUGCAAACGUAAUUCUUGAACAUUGACUUAGGGUUGGAAUCGAGUCGAGUCGUACUCACCUCAAUUCAGCUCGACUAAUAAAGUACAUUAGUUUAGCUUGAAACUCGCUUCGAAUUCAAUCUGAUUUUUUUUUUAAGUUCAAAUUCAACUUCUUUUAAAUUAUUUUUUUAAAAUAAAAAUAUUUAAAUAAAAUGAAAGCUGAAGCGUUAAUACAUUGAUUAGCCUCUCUAUACGAAUGAAC